AGAUAUGCUGGGGCAAAUUCUUGCGGCACCGGAUCAUGGCUUCCUCCACCUCCGCUCGCAAUGAAUCCCAUUGUAACAACAGCAGGGUCCCACUUUGCACCAUCGCCGUGUCGGGGAAGGAUCCAUGAUCCAUUGUCACUUUCCCUGCUGCUUUAGCUGCUGCUUUUCUUGGUCUCCCCUUCCCUUUUUGUUCUCACAGUGGCUCCUGGCUUUAGGUGGUUGGGUGGUGGUGCCUCUUAGUGUGACCCGUAGAACAGGAGGGAUACGAUGAUGGGGAGGACAGCUAAAAGUCCCAAUGCCGGUCUCCUGCAGCUGCUGCUACUGCUCUUGUUUCUCGGUGCAGUUUCCCCAAAACACCAUGGAAAUCCUGCUAAUGAGAUUGUUGAAAUAAUUAAUGCCAACCGCACAUCCAACAAGUUACCAAUACUGAAUAACAAUCCUGGUCUGGGUUGCAUGGCCUUACAGUAUAUAAUGGAAUGUGGAGGAAACUGCAGUAGGAACAACACCUCAAGCUGUACACCCCCUGAGGUUGACAUUACCGAGGUCUUUGCUCCCAAUUGUGGUGUAGAGCUACCAACUAUCGACAUCAUAUCUGGUCGCCUAGUUGGAUGUAAUUGGAAUUAUCUUGACCCGUUGGAAGCAUAUGCUGCUGUCCUGGUUCCAGACAACAAGACACUCUCUAUUUUAUAUCAGAAGAAUCACACUGAAGUUGGGGUUGGACUUGGUAGAACAGGUAAUAAAAAGCCAUUCUUUUGGUGUAUCCUAUUCAGCAGCGGGCCAUCCAAUUCCACAUUUGUCGUUGAUAGUAAAGAAAUGGUCAAGCAGAAGCAUGGGUGCUUUAGCGGGAUUGGUAGCACCUGUAAUUCUAGUUCCAAACUUUCUUCUAUGUCUGGCUUAUCUAGUUGUCUUCUUCUUGUAUUUAUUUAUUUUUGUUCCUUGUGUUUUAACAUUUAAAAUAGUCAUCAAAGUGUGUUUACUGUUAAAAAAUGUUCAAUCAUGUUCCUUGAAAUUUUGUUCAA